AUGACAAACUCUUCCUUCUCCCCAUCCAAAAAUACCCGGUCCAUUACAAGCAGAUCACCCGCCAACAUGCUGCUUCCACACUCCCCUCUGACUUUGCAGGUCCCAAGCAAUCCAGCACCAGCAAGCCUAUUGCCAAAACAACCAAAGCGGCGACAAAGCGUCAAGAAGGCCAUGUCAAUGAGUGACUCAGUCGAGUCCACCAAGGCAAGGCAGCAAUGUCUCUGGGGCAAAAAUGAUGGCCAUGCUCCCAAUGACCAUUACCAGAAGAAAAGAAGAAGUGGCUAG